AAAUAGGUAUAUCUUAGAAUUUAUGUACAAAAGCUUGUGUAAAGUUUUUUCAUUGCAAACGUUAGGAAGAUUUCUGUCUUAUACUAGUAACGCUAGUUCUGUAGGCUUUAAAAUGGUUCGAUACUUUCCCAAUCCAUACGAAGAUUACAAGACGGGUGUUGAUUUAAAUAUCAAUAAAGAGGAGAUAAUAAACCAGAUUAAUGAAUAUGUAAAUAAUAUUAGCAAGCGUCUUCAACCCACACGUAAGAAUGUCGAUGGCGGACUCUAUGUCGGUGUUACCGGCGUAUCCUUUAUGUUUUAUUACUUAUCUAAAAAUUCUCUUUUGUCGGAGCAUAAACGUAAUUAUUUGGAUAAAGGACUAGAAUAUAUAAAGCCUGCUUUAGAGAUAUCAGCUGGUGACAAAACUUCUUUUCUACUAGGCGAUGCUGGCACAUAUGCUCUAGCUGCCAUUCUGUAUAAAGAGUUGGGAAAUGAACAUUAUACUGGGAUGAUUGGAGCGUUUAGAUCACUUUAUAGCCUGUAUUUGAAUCCCAAAUUUUUAAAAUGUGGCAGGGAUGAGUUCUUUGUUGGUCGAGCUGGUUUUCUAGCUGGGGCACUGUGGAUUAGUCGUGAACUACAAAGUCAAGUCUUCACAAAUGAAGAGCUAUACAAAAUUUGUGAUAUCAUGGUGGCAUCUGGUAGAGAUUACUCAAAUAAACACAAGAGUCCUUGUCCACUUAUGUAUCAUUACUAUAAUACGGAAUAUCUUGGUGCAGCUCACGGUAUUAGUUUUAUCUUACAGAUACUUUUGACCAUACCAGGAUACUUGGAGUAUAAUAAGGUAGCUGCUAAAGAUAUUAAAGCUACUGUGGAUUUUAUAGCUUCAUUGCAGACUGAAGAAGGCAAUUGGCCAUGUUGUAUGGAAGAGAUAGGCUUGAGUGAUCAUAAACUGGUUCAUUGGUGUCACGGUGCUCCUGGUACUGUGUAUUUGAUGGCAAAGGCUUACCUUGUUUUCAAAGAUGAUAGAUUUUAUCAUGCUUGUCUCAGAGCUGGUGAGGUAGUGUGGCGAAAAGGUUUACUGCGCAAAGGACCUGGUAUUUGCCAUGGAGUGGCAGGCAAUGGAUAUGUAUUUCUGUUAUUAUACAGAAUAACAGGAGAUAAGAAGUACCUCCAUAGAGCUAAACUUUUUGCUGAUUUCAUGAACACAGAUGAGUUUUUGAGAGAUGCACGAUUACCUGAUAAUCCAGAGAGCUUGUAUGAAGGCACAGCUGGUACUGUAUGUUACUUGGCAGAUCUCUUGGUUCCAGAAAAAGCUGAAUUUCCAUUUCAAGAUGUCUUCUCGAUUUAUUAAAUUGUCUUCACAUUUUGUCUAUGUUUGUAGUGUAGUUAUUUAUUAAACUACUUUGUCUAAAAUAGAUUUAAUUCUAAGAA